AUGGCAGAUACGCAGCCUCGUGGACAAUCUGGGCCUCCACCACAAAGCCCCAACACAAACGACUCCCUCACUACCCGCCUAGACGGGCUGUUUGAGGCCUUCUGGGCAAAGAUCGCGGCCCGACAUAAGGAAGAGCGAUCCAAGCUGCUAGACAUUGGAG